AUGAGGAAAACCAGGAGAACGGAUCCAGGUCGCAGUGAUGCUUCGAAUGCACAAGAUGUUCCAACUGCACCUAAAACUUCUAACCCAACAACUGCUACUUCAAGCGCUCCGGGUUUAGAUGUUGCAACAUUGGAGCGUAUGAUCCAGGAGGCUAUUAAUAGAGCUUUAAGGAGAACCCCGCCAAAAAGUACAGGGACUCCGGUGACAACAGUAACAACCAAUGUGCCUCCAGAAUUUAGCGGCACUAAUGAUCUAGUAGUAGUAGAGCAAUGGAUCAAGUUGGUAGAGAAAGCUACUGCUCUAUUUCCUAUGACAGAUCAAGAGAAGAUCCGGUAUGCUACGUACUUAUUGAGAGGAGAUGCUAUGACAUGGUGGGAGCUUAUGGAGCAGACUCAAGAUACCACCACUCUCACUUGGUCAGGGUUCAAGGAAUUGUUUGAGGAACAGUACCGAACAGCAGACAUGAUGUCCUCUAAACUACAAGAGUUUAUUAGUCUGCAACAAGGAAAUAUGAUGGUCAAAGAGUAUUCAAUCAAGUUCAACUCUUUGGCUAAGUUUGCACCGACACUGGUCAGUACACCACAGACCCGAUUGGAGAGAUUUGUGGGUGGACUUCAUACUACUAUCGCCGGAGAUGUUAUGUCAAGUCAUCAGCCUUCCCAAACAUAUAGUAAAGCACUCUCCAAAGCCAUCAGAGCAAAGGUGUACUUAAGGAAAGAGACCAGAUUAGCUCUUCCCCCAAUAAUGGCAAAGGCAUGCGAGCAAAGCUUUCAAGAGCUGAAGAAAAGAUUAACUACAGCUCCAAUUCUUACAUUGUCAGAAGUAGGCAUUGAUUAUGAUAUUUACGUUGAUGCCUCUCACAAUGGUUUGGGAGCAGUGUUGAUGCAGCAAGGGAAAGUCAUUGCUUAUGCCUCUAGACAACUGAAAGACUAUGAGAGCAAAUAUCCUACCCAUGACUUGGAAUUAGUAGCAGUGGUUUUUGCUCUGAAGAUAUGGCGACACUACUUAUAUGGAGUGAAAUGGAACAUAUACACUGACCAUAAGAGUUUGAAGUAUUUCUUCACUCAGAAAGAGUUGAAUGACUUGGAAUUAGCAGCAGUGGUUUUUGCUCUGAAGAUAUGGCGACACUACUUAUACCAUCCAGGGAAAGCUAAUGCAGUAGCAGAUGCCCUUAGUAGAAAAGUCUCUUUAUCUCAAAUCACUGUACAGGGACAAUUACAGCAGGAGAUCCUCCAAGAAGGAAUUGAAAUUGUGAUCAAAGGAGGAUUGGCCCAAAUGGAGAUCAAACCCACUUUGGUGGAGGAGAUCAAGAUGAAACAAGAUAAGAUAGAUGUAUUUCAAUUGGGGCAAUUAUAUGUCAGAGAGAUUGUGAGAUUACAUGGAGUACCUAAGACGAUCGUAUCUGACAGAGAUACCAGGUUCAUAUCAGCUUUCUGGGUUGGAAUGCAGAGAGCAUUGGGUACAAAGUUAGCCUUCAGUAUGGCUUAUCAUCCUUAA